AUGCGCAAGCUUUGGCUGAAUGUCGUUCCCGGGAGGCAUAUUAUCGAGGAUAGACUGAUAAAUUUUCCCCAGGCAAUGAAAAACUUUCUUUGUGGUUACUACAAGUGUUCUUUAGAGCAGGCCCUCGAACUGGGCACUCUUAUCUUCAUGUGGCGAAGUGAAGGGUCAUCUGAAUCUCAGUGA